AUGGGCGGUUCCAGUGAUAGCCAUAGUGAAGAUUAUUAUCAAUCUGAAAGUGUUUCAGAUUCAUCUGAAACACUUUCAGAUGGUGGUGAAGAUUACGAAACAUUCCUAUUCGGCAAGACCGUAAAGCCCACCUACAUUGAAAGGGAGGAAGAACUUCAAAAGGAGGAAAUCCCUGAAUUUAAUGAUGAUUUGUACAGCAAUAAUUUGAUCGGACAAUAUGAUCGAAUGGGCGAGAUCAGAUCAACUCUUGAGAGUGAGGUCAUGAUCCUUAUCAGUUCACUGAUUAUUAGGGAAUCUCUUGACAUUUCAUCCCAAAACAUAUACAACCCACAAAUUAAUCGAAAUAUCAAUAAUAAAGCCCAAAACAGUCAAGAUAAAAAGAGUACUUCCCCAAAAUCAAGCACUCAGGAACGAAUCAAAAGUGCAGCCGCUAGCAUAACCUAUACACUACUAAAAAACAUAUCCAACACCACUGGAAAUGCGCCAAUAGGCCGAUUUAACUCAGUUAUGUCCACCUCAUCCCAAGUAAACACAACUACUCAUCUAAUUAACGUAACUUCUGUUUCUCCUCAGGCAAUAGAUUCGCUUCGAGAUUUAUCAUCACUUUUACAGAGAGAAAGGGGUAACAUUUAUCACGAGUGCGAUGGCAUAAUCCUAUCUCAACACCCGCGCUUUGCAACAAUGUACAUCCUAGAGAAUCGAAUUGUGGAAACACACUUGUUGCCCCUAUUAGAAGUUAUUGAAAAGACUUUCGAUGAGGCAAAUCAAAGAACUAUUGUGGGAGAGAUCCUUGGUAUAUUAAACCAAUUAUUUACCCCCCCUGCUAAGGAAUGGCUGGAGCAUUGGCAGGGGGUUGAUAGGCAGAUUAAGAAAAGGGGACAUCCUCCAGAAGUUUCAAAUCACCCAGAAUUUAUGAAACAGCUGGACAUAACGUAUAAGUAUGCAAAUGGUCUAGCGCAUCUAAAGCGAUCUCUCAAUCAAACAUUUUACAACUCCCUAGUGCAUUUGAGGCUUGAAAUUCAAAACUGGCGCUACAAUGGCUACAGGAAUGACCAAAGAAAGAGGGAGGUUGAGCAAAUGAAGCUCAGGCAAGCAGAACUGCUUCAACUAAGGGAUACAAUUAUAAAUGAAUCUCAAAAAAACGAAAUGGAUGUCGAUUCAUCAGACGGUGAUGGCGAUGAGGACGCUAAUAAAUAUACGCAGAAGGGACGUCUAAAAAAGAACAAGGCAAGAACAAAUCGAAUAAAUGUUGAGCUUUUAGAGGUGCAAAAGGAGUUGUUAAAGGAUGCAGAUGAGGUUCGUAAUGCGGGCUUGCGCGCCGAUAUCCAAUCAAAUUUGAUACGAAAUUUUGUAUACAAUCUGAUCAAAUUGAAUUACGGCAUAUCAGCCUCCGAGUACAUUGCCCCCCUUGUAAUGAUAUGUGACAACGAACAUGUCACAUUAUUGGACAUUUUUAUGCAGGAAUUCCUGGAGAUAUUCCAAAGCCCAUCUGUGCAAAUGGGACUGAGCGAUUACACAGGCGCUAGGGUUUCUUACAUCCAUCCGGAUAUGAGGGCCAAACUUUGGGAAUUUUUGCGGUUGAUUCACGUGAUAAUGAUGGCUAUACCAGAUUCAAUGGAUUUGAAUAUCUCCAGAAUUAGCGACUCUAGUGCCCAAAGCUCGAAUUUGAGAGAGAUCAAUAGCAAUGUCAAUUGGAUAAAUCCAAGGGCUGCUAGGAUACAGAUGGCCAAACUACGCCAGGCAAAUAAGCAAACGAGGCAUUAUAGGUACUGUAGCCUAAAGCACACGAUCAAAGUACUACCUUUUGAGCCUUUGUUUUAUGCACAAUAUUCUAUUUCCCCUCCCACAAAAACCACAACUAAGAGAAUGUUAGAGAAGAUACGUUCAUUUGUAGGGGUAGACGAAGAUUUUGAUCUAAUACACAAGUUACAACCUGCUCAUACAAUGAAGAAAGACCACGACAAUGGCGAUGAAAAUGAGAGAGAAUUGCUGCUCUAUAACUUGGGAACAGUAAUGAAUGCGCUAUCAUAUGAUUUACUGCGUGAUGCGGGGGAUGAUUAUUCUCAAGAUAAUGACUGGAAAAUACUGGUAUCAGUUCACAUUUGGGUUGUUGAGCACUACGCCAGCUUGUUUACCGAGAUUAACAAAAGGAGAGAGAAAGAGAAUUUAACGCUGCUACUAAGUGAAUAUAUGUUAGUGAGCUUGAAAUCAUUUAUUGGCCAACACUCCACUCUCACAUCCAAAUUAUUACCGGAAUUAUUUUCGCGAUUGCAAAAAAAUGGCACUUUGACAGUUAAAAAUGCAGAGUCAUUCUACCUGAUAUUCAGACUAAUUAGCGCAGACCUACAUUUAAUAAGGUUGCAUAGUGGAAAUAGCAAUUCCAAUGUUCUACAGAUUUGUAGAGAUGCUGUUGGUAGAUAUUUAGGCAACAAGCUGGUCAGACGCAUUUUCUGGGUGCUAAGCAAGUGGAAGCCCAUAACAGGCGUGGAGUUGAUCACCAGCGCCUUGCACUUGUUUAAAUUACUAAAGCAACUAAUAGGUACGUUAGGUUACGUUGAAUACUCUCCUAUUGCAAACAUAUCAUUAGGGGAUAGGUUGGAUAUUUACGAUGACAUUAGUGAUGAUGAAGUUGUGGGUCUUAAGAAGGUUACCCUUGACAAUUUAUACCAUAAAGAUCAUAGGCAGCUUCGAUGCGGUAAAAUUAUUGCCUCUUUAAUUGGGUUACUUAGCUAUUCAGUGAACCCACUGACAAAUGACUUGAUAAUCCGUUACUUGGAGGAGGCACUGGCACAUGGCCAUCAUGCCAUUUGCUGGGAUCUACCUUCAAUGCAAUCACUGUACCGUAUAGUUGCUUCUGACUCCAUAUGGGCUAAUCCACAGACUCGUUGGGUGGGUCAAUUUGCCUUUGACAUUGUGGAGUCUUUCUUCCUAAAGUGGAACAGAGGGAACUUGUUUUUGCCCCUCGAGCUCUGGUUUUUCAAGAACAAGCGGCAAAGCAGUGCCUAUUCGCCAACGUCUCCAAUGCAUUUGCAGUCUUUGCUAAAGUCUUACGGUGAAGAUACGAUUGAUUUUGAGAUAUCAAGGCACCUGAAAUACAAACUUAGCGAUGUAACGAGUGGUAAAUAUGCCACUGCUGCGGUGGUAAACGAGGCAAUUGGUUCUGCUAUUGAGGUUUUCGAGGGCAGUGGUGAUUUGGGUACCUUCAAGACCUUAUAUUCAAAUAAGCUGCCCACGUACAGUGACUACAGCAUCAGAUCUAUAUCGCAAUACAUUUCCCUUACUAACUUGCCUGCCUCUUCCGCUGGUGCCAGUAGCGUGCCUAUGAAGUUGAUAUUAGGCAAUCACACGAGAUAUUUCACAGGGGACGUCUCAGGAAAUGUUUAUUCGGUCACUGUUAGUGAACGUGUGUUAUCGUCAUUAAAGGUUCUACAUAUGAACGUAAUUGAGGCCAUUGAAAUAGCUGAAAUACAAAGUGGUGCAGUUAUGGAUGAAAUGGCUAACUUGAUUGAAAUUCCCAAUCUAUCAGAGUUUAAAGAUGGGCUUAGUGAUAGCUUAGACGAUGAUAUGACAAUUUGGGAUGCUAUAGUAUCAAAAUUGGGUCUCAAGCUUGUAACUUUUGAUAGUGCUGCUGUCAGUGGUUCUGGCAUUGAUAAUGUAAUAAAGAUGUACUCUUUUGGAGUGCAUACCUCGCUAAUAAAGGAUAGGUUUGAUCAAAUGGCGACAUCCACACGGCAAUUUACCUGCAAUACUGUCGAAUUUGGCGGUCAAACUAUACUAGAUAUUGCUGCUGAUACAUUUGAAAAAGUUGGCUAUGAUCUUCUUAAGCGGUUAAUAGACAAGGCAGCAAUAGCCGCUGAGUCGUUGGUACGCUAUCUUCAAAUGGGACAGAAUGAAGAUAAUGUGACAAUCCCCUUCACCGCCAGUGAAAUGCAGUUAGCUAGCAACGGCCAGCUUAAGCCCCUAAUGGAUGCUUUGGGCAUUGUCAAGUUUGACUUGAAGCACAUGGUGCCGUACCAAAUAUUAAGACUCAAAAAUAUAUUAGACGGUUUGCCAGUACAAGUGGAUGAGAUACUUUCACUGUCAAUGAUUGUACAAUACAUAUUUAAAUUUGGCCAGAAUGAUUACUUUGAAAAGUGCUACGAGAAAAUAAUCGAAUGGGAUGAUCGCGAUCUCAUUAUUGAAUUCAAUACGUCUGGCAGAAAAUCCAGCAAGGUCGAAGAAUUUUUCCGCGUCCUAUCUCUAGCAUUAUGUGCCAAUUGUUACACUGACAAGAUAGUUCUGCCUAGUAUAUCCAAAAAAUGGGCCAAGAAAGUAAUCACUUUCAUGAAUAUGGCAAUCGAGGAUUUUACAGAGGCGGAGAUCUUGGCCCGUAUCAGGGAAUGGAGAAUGGCGGUCGCUAACGGCUACAAUCCGCUAACGGCGGUUGGUGGAAUUGGUAGCUUAUGGAAUGUACAGGAAAUAGACGGGGAAAAAUAUGACUCGGACUUUGAAUUGGAUGGCAUGAAUCCAACCCCUCCUAGUGGCUUGUUUGCCAGUGAGGGUAGGAAAGUAGUUUCAGAUGAUGAUAACUCGCCAUAUUUGGGUCGUACCAUUAGUCGUCGUGCAAGUGUUUCGGCUGGAGAUUUGCCCGAUGAUAUCACUCGACCUUAUACUGACAUUGAUACUCUUGAUGGAGUUGACGAAGAUGCCAUUUUACAAGCCCACAUGCACUCCCCCAGUUUCAAUUUAGAUGCCGUUGACAAGCGAUUAAAAAUGUCUCAGCUAGAAUACAUUAGAUUGCUGCACCAGAAUUCUCUCAACAUGGCUAGAGCAGGGAAACUGAAAUCAGAGUCAAAAUACAAAAUUUUACAAAUGCUAAACUCUUACAAAUGUUAA